ACUACUACAGAAAGUGAAAGGAGGAGAAGGGAGGACUUCACGAGGAAGAAGCUUGCGAGAAGACAAAAAAAAAGUUUGAGAGAAGACCGCGUUCUGAAACUGAACAUGAACUUGGAGGAGGCGUGGUGAAGCGUUGCUCCUGACGUACGUCUACUGAGGUGGGCAGAGGAGGAGGACUCUGGAGGUCUGGACCAAAGAGCAAUCAAGCCUCAAGUUCAUUUCAGAUGGAGGUGGAUGUGCCAGACGAGAAGCGCCAUCGCACCCGCUCCAAAGUGCCCGUGGAACCAGCAGCAAUACAAGAGCUGUUCAGCUGUCCAACAUCAGUAGGUUGUGAUGGGAAUGGGCACGUCAGUGGAAAAUAUGCAAGACACAGAAGUGUGUACGGCUGCCCACUGGCCAAGAAGAGGAAGAGUCAUGACAGGCAGCCUCAGGAGCCUGCCCCCAAGAGGAAGGCCUUCCUCGCGCACCUAGACAACUCCUCCAUGGAGGAGUGCUACGAGACCGACGGCACGGAGGAGAUGGAGGAGCGUGUGGAGGUGGAGGAGGAGGACGAGGAGGAGGAAGAGGAGGAGGAGGAGGAGGAAGGGGAGGUGUAUUUGGAGGACAAUGAGGAGCAUGUGGAGCACAUAGAGGAUGGAGAGGUGGACAGAGGAGAGGAGGAAGAGGAGGAGGAGGAGGAGGAGGAGGAAGGGGACGUGGAGGAGGUCGAGCAGGAGGAGUGCGUGGAGGAAGACGAGGGUGAGGAGGAGGAGUACGAUGAGGAGUAUGAGGAGGACUACGACCACAAGAACCAGAAAUCAGAAGGUGAUAGCUUAAAUAAUGGCUAUGCCAAAUCAGGCCAGACAGCAGAGAAGGACGACAACAACAAUGAGAAUGAGUAUGAGAACUAUGAUGAGCUGGUGGCCAAGUCGCUCCUGAACCUGGGAAAGAUCGCAGAGGAUGCCGCCAACCGCGCCCUGACAGAGUCGGAGAUGAACAGCAACUCUUCCAACAGUGCCGAGGAGGAGGACGAGGAGGAAGAAGACGAGGAUGACGAAGACGAAGAUGAGGAGGAGGAGGAAGAAGAAGAGGAGGAGGAGGAAGAGGAGGAAGAAGAGGAGGAAGACGAGAACCAAGCAGCAGGAGUUGCAGGUGGUGCCGGCAGGAAAGGAGAGGGACUGAGCCUGGACGUGGAUAGCGAUGUGGUGCGGGAGACGGUGGACUCUCUCAAGCUGCUGGCGCAGGGGCACGGGGCGGUGCUCUCCAACAACCUGGACGGGGAGCCCUUCGGGGAGGAGAACGGCUGCCUGGAGAACGGAGUCGGCUGCAACGGACCAGCUGGUGGUUGUGGACGUGGUGGUGGUACUGGUGGUGGGCACUGUGGUGGUGGCUCCGGGAAGGCCACCAGCAAUGGCCAGGCGGUGGAGGAGAGCGACGAGGACGUGUGCCUCAGCAGUCUGGAGUGCCUGCGCAACCAGUGCUUCGACUUGGCCCGCAAGCUGAGCGAGACGCAGUCCGUAGACCGCUCGGCCGGCCAGUCUCAACUCCAUCAGCAGCAGCAGCAGCAGCAGCAACACGGCCAGGGCCAGGCACACCAGCUGGACCACCAGACCCACCAGACCCAGCUCUACGGUGGUGGUGGUGGUGGUGGUGGUGGUGGUGGGGGCGACCUCCAUCAGCAGCAGCAGGAGGAGCGACGGGUGCUGGAGCGAAACUACUCGGACAUGGUGAACCUGAUGAAGCUCGAGGAGCAACUGAGCCCGCACUCCAAGACCUUCUCCAGCUGUGCUCGCGAGCGGGACCGCGACCGCCACCUGGACCAUUACCUGGACCGGGACGAGGACACCAGGUCCAUCGGGUCGGACCGCUCAGAGGACGCCUUCGACAUGACCAAGGGCAACCUGUCGCUACUGGAGAAGGCCAUCGCCUUGGAGUCGGAGCGGGCCAAGGCCAUGCGGGACAAGAUGGCGUCUGAGUCGGCGCGGAGAGGAGGCAUGCGGCUACACGACGACCACCACCACCAUCACCACCACGGUCACCGCCACGGGCAUGGGCAUGGGCACGGGCACGGGCAUGGCCAUGGCCAUGGCUACGGGGAGGACUGCAAGCCACGCAUGCAUCACGACGGCAUGAAGAAGCACUUCUACCCGAAAGAUUCCUCCCGCUCGGACAAGAAGGAGAGUCGAUGCCCGACGCCCGGCUGUGAUGGCACGGGUCACGUGACCGGGCUGUACCCCCACCACCGCAGCCUGUCGGGGUGCCCACACAAAGACAGAGUGCCCCCAGAGAUUCUUGCAAUGUAUGAAAAUGUUCUUAAGUGUCCUACGCCUGGCUGCACGGGACGUGGCCACGUCAAUAGCAACAGGAACUCCCACAGAAGCCUCUCCGGGUGCCCCAUCGCAGCAGCCGAGAAGCUGGCCAAAGCCAAAGAGAAGCAUCAAUCAUGUGACGGAAGCAAGUCUAGCCAGGGCUCAGAUCGGGUGCUGAGGCCGAUGUGCUUCGUGAAGCAGCUGGAGAUGCCUCAGUACGGCCACAACAACGUGCCCACUACCACGCCGCGCUCCAACCUGGCCAAAGAGCUGGAGAAGUACUCCAAGACCAGCUUCGACUACAACAACUACGACAGUGCCCACGGGGUGUACGGCAAGAGGGCCAUCGCGCCCAAGGUGCAGGGCCGGGACACCUCGCCCAAAGGAUACGAUGCCAAGCGCUACUGCAAGACCUCCAGUUCAGCCAGCAGUACGGCUAGCAGCUACACACCCAGCAGCAGCGUCAGCAGCCUGACCUGCGGAGGAGGAAGUGGAGGAGGAGGGUGCGGGAGCAGCGCCAGCAGCACCUGCAGCAAGAGCAGCUUCGACUACACGCACGACAUGGAGGCGGCGCACAUGGCGGCCACGGCCAUCCUCAACCUGUCCACGCGCUGCCGGGAGCUGCCCCAGGGCCUGGCCACCCCCACCGGCACAGGCACAGGCAAGCCCCAGGAGCUCUGCCCACGGACCCUGGACAUAGACUUGGAUGAGAACGGCACGCUGGACCUGAGCGUGACCAAGUUGGCAGAGGGCAGCUGUGCCGUGCUCACACCGCUGGAGCCCAUGUCCCCCCGCCGCCAGGCACUGCUGGGCAACCACUGCUACCCGCUGGGCCAGGCCGCCGACUGCUGGGAGCCCCACCACCUCGACUACCCCAAGAUCAAGUGCCUGGACGAGGACGACCCCAAAGAGACUGAUGAUCUGGACCCCUUCCACGACAUUCUGGACGCGAGUCCCUACGCCACCGAUCACGAGCUGAGCAUCCCGAGUCCAAAGCCCAAGUUCGCGCCCUGCAAGGAGAGCAAGAAGGACCUCAUAACUCUUUCAGGUUGUCCUUUAGCCGACAAAAGCAUUCGGAGCAUGAUGGCCACCAACUCACAAGAGCUCAAGUGCCCGACCCCGGGCUGCGAUGGCUCGGGACACAUUACUGGCAACUACGCCUCCCACAGAAGUCUAUCAGGAUGUCCCCGGGCACGGAAGAGUGGCAUCAAGAUAACGCACAGCAAAGAAGACAAAGAAGACCAGGAGCCAAUCAGGUGUCCUGUGCCAGGGUGUGACGGGCAGGGUCACGUGACGGGGAAGUAUGUGUCCCACCGCAGCGCCUCGGGGUGCCCGCUGGCGGCCAAGCGGCAGAAGGACGGCUACAUGAACGGCUCGCAGUUCACGUGGAAGGCGGGCAAGACGGACGGCAUGUCGUGCCCCACGCCCGGCUGCGACGGCUCGGGCCACGUGAGCGGGAGCUUCCUGACACAUCGCAGUCUCUCCGGCUGUCCCCGUGCCACGUCGGCCAUGAAGAAAGCCAGGCUGUCCGGGGUGGAGAUGCUAACGCUAAAGCAGCGGCCCGGCAGCAACGGCAUAGAGACGGACGAGGAGAUUAAACAGCUGGAUGAAGAAAUCAAAGAUUUAAGUGAAUCUAAUUCACAGGUGGAAGCAGAUAUGAUCAAACUUCGAACACAGAUUACCACAAUGGAGACUAAUCUGAAGUCGAUAGAGGAAGAAAACAAGGUGAUUGAACAGCAAAAUGAAUCUCUCCUGCAUGAGCUGGCCAACCUCAGCCAGUCUGUGAUUAACAGUUUAGCUAAUAUCCAGCUCCCUGAUAUGAAACCACUGCAACACAAAGAGCCAGCCAUUAGAAACAACAGCUGUUUACAGUUGCACCAGAGAGAGCCAAUCAGCGAACAAAACUUUGAUGCAUACGUGACGACACUGACAGACAUGUACACGAAUCAAGACCAAUACCAGAGCCCAGAAAACAAAGCCCUCUUGGAAAACAUCAAACAAGCGGUACAAGGGAUACAAGUGUAGCCACCGUGCAAGGGGAAGGCAUGUUAUCAUUUAAAAAAAAACAGUUACUCAAAAAGACACUAACAGAAAAAAAGUUGAAACGGGAUGCCUCAUGGUUUUAACCAGACAGUGUUAAAUAUUCACUCCAGUUCUUUUCAAAAGAAAAUGAUAAGUGUUAUGCUUUCAGAACAUCCUUUUCUUUCUUUGUUGUCUUGCUUUCAAGGAUACUAGUUGCUGGCAGAAUAGUUUUUGAACAAACAAACAAACAAACAAAAAAACAUGAACAUUUUGUACGUUUUCAUAUAAGCUAUCAUAGUGUGAUGUAACAUUUUUAGCCGCUCAUGUAUGCACAUUUUUAGUGUAUAUUUCGGAUCAGUAAGCUAAAUCUUGUCAGACAUAUAGUACUUUUUAAUGCUAGCUGACAGAGUGGCAAAAGCUGAGGAGGUCAAGAUGAUGACCUUGAUGAUGAAAUUCAAAAAAUAUAUAUCUAUCAAUAUAUCACUCUGAGGACAUGAGAGGAGGUAGCUACUUUUUACUUUUCUUUUUCCUUCUCUUCAUCCGAUGAUUUUAUGGACUUUUCAAUGAGAUUUUUUGUGUGUAUGUACUGUAUGUAUGUAAGUAUGUAUGUACGACGUAUGUGUCCAAGCAAUGUCUUGGUUGUAAAUUGUUUUAUUUUUUAACAAUGCUUGAAAACUCUUUUUGUCUUUUGUUAAAAAAUAUAAUAUAUGAAUAUAAAUUUGGUGGUGGUGGAGUGGGGGCAUUUAGAAAACAAGAUGUUGGAUAUGAGCAUUGGAAAGAAACGGACUUGAUGUAUGAAUGUUACAGUUUUAUUGUAAACAUCAUGACACGGAAACCCUAUGGUGUAAAUCCCAUCUGUUAAGGACUAUUCUC